AUGAGAGUUGAUGCCGCUUUGCUGCUCGCUGCUGCCCUCAUCGCCUCGCCCGUAUCAGCAAUUGCGAGGAACAGUAAAAAUGAAGCCGCUCACACAAGCUCUCCGCCAUAUGCCAUCUCAAACAGCUCCACGAUUGCUACGCACCCCUCGCCCAAAUCGAGCAGCAAAUCCACGACUUCUUCAUUAAUAUCUUCCUCCCACAGCUCCCACGUCCUUGACAACCUCUUCCACAACAACCUCAACAACACGCUCAACCACCCGCUCAACCACAACAACAUCUUCCGAUGCGCCAAGUAG